AUUACAAUCGAGAAUCCUCGAGAACGAAUAGACUGCCAUUGUAAAACAUCUCUCGGCGGGUGGCGCCAUCCUGCCUCCUGCCCUGAAAGCCGAAAGUGCCGAAGUCCGAACGCGAUCAGCUGAUAUCGCACGCGUCGCGUCGUGACUCCCCGCGCGAGUUGCGCGUAAUUUAUUAUUAUAAACGUUAUUUUGUCGCGGUCCACAUCGAUCCGUGAUCGGUCGGUUGCGGGAAAUCGUGCGCGUCGCUACGUAUUUCACCUCUGCCUCGAGCGGCAGCGAUAAGACGGGCCUUCGAAACGCGACAGCCUUCACGGGAUUUGCGACGCUGCGAGGUUAUUAUGUUCGACAAGUAUCAUCUCCGGUGUUCCUCGUCUUCGGGGACGCGACGAGAAUCAACGGAGUGCUGAAUCGAGACCCUUUGAUGUCUACGAAGUCGCAGCAGCGUCAGUGAAAUACCGUCGGCGAGGAACAAAAAAUGGCGGAUUAUUGGAAGUCCCAAGGCCGCAAGUUCUGCGACUUCUGCAAGUGCUGGAUCGCCGAUAAUAAACCGAGUAUCGACUUCCACGAGGGCGGCAAGAAGCACAAAGAAAAUGUCAGCAAGCGGCUCAAGGAGAUCCACAAGAAUAGCGCCAAGGAAGCGAAGCAGAAUAAAAAAUUCGAGGAUGACCUCAGGAAGAUGGAAAACGCGGCUAUGGCUGCGUACUUGAAGGAUGUUGAGAACAACACGCGAGAUAUGACUGCUGAGAAAAUCAUUAAAGAGAAACUGAACAGGGUAGAAACGAAGGAAACCCCUCAAAAUUGCAAUCGUAUGCCACCAGCCGCUCCACAGACGGUACCAAGAUUCAAAGGCAAUAACCAACAGUUCUUGCCGAAGGUGGAUCCUUGUGAUCCGGCAACUUUGUCAAAGGGCGCGCCGUCGUUUCCACGAGUCCAGCAGCACGGCGGCGAGAACAGGACUCCGGGGAAGAGUAAGGCGGGCAAGGCGAAGGGAAAAGGGAAAAAGACCCAGGAGGAUGAUCGUCCGACCGCACCCGUCAGGAAACUCUGGUACGAGGCUCGCAGUCCCGAAGGAUACACUUACUAUUGGCACAUUGAAACAAAUGAAUCGGUUUGGGAGCCUCCGGCGGAGGGUUACAUGACUCUCGCGGAGCAAGAAGAGGAGGCGAAGGAGGAGAUGCUCCAGAAAGAGCUUAUGGAACAAUUGGACAGGCAGGAAGCGGUCGAGAAGGCGGAUAUUCUUGAGGAACAACGGGCCAAUGUAGAAAGGGAGAAGCUGAGAGAGUUCAGGAAACGAGCCGUUGAAAAUGACGACACCCAAGGUAACGACGAAAGCGCGGAAAUAAAGAAGGAAGAGAUCAAAGAGGAACGACCUUACUGGAGGGAUUAUAGUGUACCCGAGAGACCGCAACCUUACGGAUCCUGGCAAGUCGUGGUACCAAGCAAAAACAAACCAGUGGAUCUCCAGUUGCCAAAGCAACAGAAGCAGAUACAGUUGCCCACAUUUGAGAAAAGAGAACCACCGCCACCACAAAGGACUUUCAAAGAAAAAACUAUUACACAAAUUAAUACCGGUGAUAGUGAUGAUGAAAGGGCACCCACUACCUUUAAAAAGAGAAAGAUCGGUAAUAAGAAUGUGCGUAAAAGAACAACUGACGAUUGAUCGUAAUAUUUAUUUAUAGAAAGUGAUAUGAUCUUUCAUCUUCCGUGGUUUACACCUAAGGUAUUUUUUAAACACACAGACAAAUAAACAUGAUUAAAUUAAUACUUAUUAAUCAUAAGUUUGCAUUUACAUAAUUUCAGACAGAAAUCUGAAUUCUGUCUUCCUUUAUACAUAUUUUACUGCAGAAACCUGUAAAUAAGAAACUCAUACUUUGUAAUCUACAUAAGUAUGUGUGUACAUAUUUAUAUACAUACACACAUAUGAAUAUAAUUUUAAUUGUAAAUAAAUAGUUUUAUUCUAUUUCGUAUAA